AUGCCAUCCUCUCUGUUCAUGGACCUGGUUCGCGAGUUAUAUGCGGACGACCCAGAAGCAAUUGCAAAUUUCCAAGCCUUUGCAGACAACCGUUCCGGAAAUCCUUAUGCCAACCCAGCCAUGGAGAUAUCAGCCCGGCGAUUUCGCCGCCACCUCAACCGCAACGAGAGCUCCGCCGCUCCUUCUCCUGCUGCUGUUCUGGCUGCUAUUCCUUACGAGGAAGAGCCUGCACAGCAACAAGGAGAGCUCACUGCCGGUUCUCAAUCCACAUCAUACGACAGCGACAGAACGCUCGUUCCUCCCGUUGACGAAGACAGCUACUUCGUCGAAGAGGUCAUCGCUACCAAAUUCAAUGCUGAAAAUAAAGCGCUCGCCUUCACUGUCGCGAUUCCUUGCGCACAUGGGAAUACCAGCACAUGCCCUUGCUCUCGCGUACCUCACGAAUCACCAACCCGGACCAUUGACCGAGAUUCCGAUGUCGAGGACUGUCCGAUGUGCCAGUUGGAUGAGCCAUACGAGGUGGGCGAGCGCGUCGUGCAGGUCGAGUGUUUCUGUAGGCGCUUCUUUCACGCAGAAUGUCUUGUCCGGGCGCAUUGCUCCAAACUCGAGACUGAGAGCCGAAUGAAUUGCCCCUUCUGUCAUGCUAGGUGGUUCGUGGAUGACGAUUGCACUGUGAUCUACGACCAACCGGAGAUAGAGUUGGAAAGAGAACAGCAGUGGCUUGCGAUUCUGGGACUAGGGGCGGAGGCAGACCAUGAAGCAGAGCAUGACACUGAAAUUGAACCAGAGCAGGAAGCAGGGCAUGAAGGAGAACAGGAAGCAGAGGGUGUGGCACUACAAGAAGCAGACCGGGAGGCAGAGGCCCAAGUACAGCAACAAGCAGGCAUGGAAUCAGAAGCAGAAGGCCACAGCGAACGAGCCCCGAAAAGGCGCCGCAUCGACGCCACCAACAGCAGCGGCUUUUAG